AUGGAAAAAUCUCCAGCCGUUUCCACCCCCAACUCCCCAAGCGAGGCCGUGCUCGUCCUGCGCGCUGCGCUCCGCGACACGCUCGGCGAGGCCGUGAGCGCCGUUGGGGCCGUCGCCGGCCUGGCGUCCCUGUCCAACCACGCGCGCGAGGAGAUGGUUGUGCGCAACUGCAUAGAGCUGCUCGGGUACUCCGUCGACGAGCUCGGGUGGUCGCUCAACGCCAUGGCCGAGCCCCUCCACGGCGCGGAGCCGGAGAUGGAGACCGCUCACGGCGCUGCGCCAAGGAGCGUUCGCAGGGGACGCACGCGGAAGACGACCUGCAGGCUUCCACGGCACCGAUGGCCGCCUGCUGCGUCGCGUCGAGGCGUCCGUGGCGCAGCUAACGCAGCUGGUGAGCAACCUCCUCGCCAUGCACAAGCGUUGCUGCGUAGGAUCAUGCCGCUGCGCCAGCACGGCAACAACGAUACGGCGGCGUCCGGCGCCGGUUCGGAGCUGCCGACGUGGGUGAUGGACGUCGCCGGCGUCGUCGAAGAGGAGCUCAAGCGCGCCCAGAGCUGGCGCGACGGCUCGAGUCGCUCGCCGCGCGGGAGGUGGAGGUGGUGGCCGCGCUCUGCGAGGGGGCCGGGGCGCGCCGCUGGCCGAGUUGAGCUCGUCCAAGAUUGA